AUGGCAGAACCAACUGCACUUUCACCACGUACCACUAACCGGGGCCCUAAGACUGCCCCAGCCUUGUUCAGUCGCCCAGAUGCGGAUAUCAUACUAUCGUCGUCGGACAACACCCAUUUCCGUGUCCACCGCCAGAUCUUAUCAAUAGCCUCGCCCUUCUUUGAGACGAUGCUCGGUCUACCUCAAUCGACGACGUCUGCUUCUGGUACGCCCCCGCUCAUCGCAGUGGAAGAAGACGCACGUACGCUGGAGGACCUCCUACGCAUCUGUUAUCCAGUACGGGACCCGCAACUAAAGAUCCACGUGCUGACGGAUUGGCAACACAUCAGCAAUGUCGUCCAUGCCGCAAUGAAAUACGAUAUGGUCCAGGCGAUAGAGUUCGUGAAGACCAAGCUGACGGCCGGUGUGGACGUCUCUCCCCUCCAGGUGUUUUGCAUUGCAUGCAAACAUGGGUUCGAAAGUGUGGCGAGGAAUGUUGCAGUCAAAUUGACCGCGCCGAAUGCGGCCCUCAACACACAAGUAAUACGUGGGGUUUACGUGUCUCAGCUAGAAGAUAUUCCCGCUGCCUGCUAUUACCGACUCAUGCAAGCCGGUAAAUCUCGCAUGCCCUGUGUCGACAACAUUGUGUUUUGCGGGCAGGGAGACGCCAACAGGUGCUUGACGGUCUACCAGGAACCAUGCGCUGGCUAUCGAGUGCGCGACGAUGACGGUGCCAACCAUGGGAAGCACACCCUUCGGAGCGCGGACAACGUUUACUACAGUGUAUCGCAGGACACAUUUUCCCUAUUCCAGCGUGCUCACCCAGUCUCGAAUAUAUACGACUCUAACGAGUCGGGCUCUGCCGUCCUCACACUGCCAGAAGACAGCGGCACGGUGGAGCUGUUAUUGCAGCUUGGUACCCGUGAUAUGAAUGACCAUGCCUUCAUCGCAUCUGGCCUUCGCGCUGCCGCGAAGUACAAAACGACUACAGCACACGCUGCUCUCACCACACGGUGGUUGGAACUAUCCAAUAAAUCUCCCCUGCCCUCAUACCUGAUCGCCUCUGCGUAUGGCCUCAAAGAAGAAGCAAUCAAGUCGGCGAGACAGCUCUUGUCAUGGAGAUCCGAACAGCUUCGAGAAGCGUACAUUCCCGUAAUGGAGGAGGUCUCAGCCGGUCAUUAUUUUCGUCUGCUGCAGUACCAUGGCAGAUGUGCCGAUGCUGCCGAUUCUGCAGUGCGCAAGUCUUGGACGAAGGCAUUCGUAGGAGACAUGCCACGGCACUGUACCGGCGGUCGAUGUGGCCGUGGCAUAGGUGCUACGCAAUCGCGCUGGGCCGACACUUGCUAUACGCGCUUGAAAGCACUGCACGAUCUCCCGCGCAAGGCCGUCGCAGAGGAUGCAACAUUGGUCGGAGAGCUGUGCUUCCAAGUCGGAAGCUGCUCGAGCUGCGCAGAAUGCAUCUCACAUGCGGACAUCAUCCGAUUUCUGACCACCUUCUCCAAGGCGAAUGAGGAGGUCCUCAUGUUGGUCGACACCAACAUACUAUUCAGGAAUCAAGGGUAGCUUUUUUGAUACGAGACCCGGGGAUGCAUCUGUAAUAUCUCGAACUGCUGGUCUUAUCUUGCUUGAAGGUUCAGUGGAUUCUGAUAGGACUCGGUUGACGGG